UGAGCAGGCCGUGUUUACUUGCUUUGUCAGCGGGGUCUGCUUGAGAAAUACCCCGUGCACCUCAGCUGCUUUUGAUCCGAACCUUGGACCUUUAUCUGAGACUGCGUUAUCACAUCAUCAGGAAUCUUUAUCAGCUCCUUUUCUCUCUCUAGCAGCAUUUUCAGACUAGCCUCCUGUGGACUUUGAGCAGGGGCACGUAGGUCUCACAGCGUGCUUUAUCUACGGGGGGAAAAUGACGUUAAAGUCUAACAAAAACGAACCCACUGCCAUUCUGGAGCCGGUCAGCAGUGUCCGGACGGCCCUCUCCGACUUGUACCUGGAGCAGCUACUUCAAAACAAACCAAAGUCUGACAAGGCUGAUAUACAAGUGGAUGAAAACAAAGGAGCAGAAGUUUUUACAAACGGCAGCACUGGACAUCUGAACGGGAAAGAGAUGACUAAAAUGAGAGAAGUAGUGUUGGAGAAGAAUCCCUCAGAGCCCCUGGGAGUCACACUGAAACUGAAUGACAAACAGAGGUGUACAGUGGCCAGAAUAUUACACGGAGGCAUGAUCCACAGACAAGGGUCUUUGCAUGAAGGUGAUGAGAUAGCUGAAAUCAAUGGGAAAAGUGUGGCAAACCAUUCUGUAGAUUAUCUACAAAAAGUCCUGAGAGAAACAAGUGGAGCAGUCACCUUGAAGAUUAUUUCCAACCAGCAGAGUCGAUCUCGGAUCUGUGAGACUUACAUGAGGGCUCAGUUCGACUAUGACCCCUCCAAGGAUGACCUCAUCCCUUGUAAAGAGGCGGGGCUAAAGUUUAGGACCGGUGACGUCAUUCACAUCAUCAACAAGCAGGACCCAAACUGGUGGCAGGGCAGAGUGGAGAGCAGUGCUGCUGACUUUGCUGGCCUUAUACCUUCUCCAGAGCUACAAGAAUGGAGGGAAGCAAGCAAAAGUAAAGCCAAAGAAGGAACACCAACAUGCAGCCCAUUUGGGAAGAAAAAGAAAUGCAAAGACAAGUAUCUGGCUAAACACAGCUCUGUUUUUGACCAAUUAGAUGUGAUUUCAUAUGAAGAGGUUGUGCGACUUCCAGCUUUCAAUAGAAAAACAUUAGUGCUGAUUGGUGCACCAGGAGUUGGAAGACGUAAUAUCAAAAAUGCAUUACUGACCAAGUACCCUGAAAAAUUUUCCUACCCUGCCCCACAUACAACAAGACCCCAGAGGAUGGAUGAGGAGAAUGGAAAGGAAUACUUCUUCAUCCCAACCGAGAGAGAAAUGACCAAAUGCAUUACUGGAAAUGAGUUCCUUGAAUAUGGAAGCUUCCAAGGAAAUAUGUUUGGCACAAAAUUUGAAACCAUCUAUAAGAUCCAUGAGCAAGGGAAAAUUGCAGUGCUUGAUAUUGAACCACAGACCUUGAAGAUAGUGCGGACAGCAGACUUUGCACCUCUAGUGGUCUUCAUCGCUCCCACCACUACCGCUGCCCAGGUAUUUUGUUCAAAUUAUAAUUUCAAAUCUUUGCAAUUAUCCAAAUAUACUCAUGUUAAUAUUGUCUCCAAGGCGGAAUCAGUGCAGUUGAUCCAGAAGGAGUCAGAUGCCCUUUUGUCCACAUAUAGACACUUUUUUGAUGUGAUUUUGGUCAACAAUGAUGUAGAUGAAACUGUGAAAGGUGUGGAGGAGGCUAUAGAAAGUGCAUGCUCCACCCCUCAGUGGGUCCCAGUGUCCUGGGUGUACUGAUGGUGUCCAACAAGUCAAAUGCCUUUUAGUGGUGUAAACACAAUAUAAAAACUAAAUAUCUCAGUUAGUAAUUCCCCAAGUGUGGGCACAGUCACUUUGAGUAAGCCUGAUUUUUAUUGGGAAACUUUGCACAAAGUAUCCAAUGUAUGUGGUAUCUGAAGAAAGCAAUAUGUUGAAUCUUUGUUUUGUGAAAAUAAAAGCUUUAUCAGGGAAUGCUAUGUAGGGUGUUUACAGACAUCCUUUGAAAAAUUUUAUUGCAAUGUAGGAAAAUAGAAAACAGAAUCAUCUCCCUUAGGACUUGCUUGAGGCUUCAUACUUCAUUCUGUGCAUCAUUCAAGUACAUUUUUUCUUUUUGUUUUGUUUUGUUUUUUGUGCCAUGAAGUUUCAAAACUGUAUGCUCAUGUAUGUACCCAGUGAAAGAUUAUGUAUCAUUUUCACAAAUGCUUUCAGUCACUGACCAGUAACCACAGCUCAUUGUCAAAAUGGUAUACCUCAUGGGAUACUGUAAGCGCACUUUGGAAAAAACUAAAUAAAGUUCAGUUUAUGUUCAGCGAUCUAUA